GGGGAGAAAGAGGGGAGGAAUAAUGGUAAAGUGGGACGGUUGGUCUGACUGGGCAUUUUCAUUCUUCGACAGGGACCUUGAGCACUAUGCUGGACCCCUUUCCUUUUGAUAUUUGUACAUGACCACAAACGCAACCAUGAACGAUGGCUCUUCUGAGAAAAAUCAAUCAGGUCCUGCUGGUAAUCCUGGUGCUGAUGCUGUACUUGGUCCUGUACAGCUCGCUACACAAAACCUCCAGUCGACACAAAAUUUCAGCUCACUGGAAGAAACUCAGUGAUGUCGUGGCGAAAAAAGUCGAUCGUGUCAUCCCUGUCGUUAUCUGCGCCUCGGAGGAGCGCAUGGGCGCAACCAUGGCGACCAUCAACAGCAUUCGUAGCAACACAGAUGCUAACGUGCUCUUCUAUAUUGUCACGCUACGAGACGCCGUUACACUGACCAGACGCUACAUUGAGGAAAGCCAACUGAAAGGCAUUAAAUAUAAAAUCUUGGAGUUUAAUCCAAUGGUUCUGAAAGGGAAAGUGAAGCCUGAUUCCUCCAGACCGGAUCUAUUACAUCCACUCAACUUUGUGCGCUUUUAUCUACCGCUGCUUGAAAUGAACCACGAGAGGGUCAUCUACUUAGACGAUGACAUCAUUGUUCAGGGUGACAUUCAGGAUCUGUUUGAAAUCAAACUAAAGUCGCAACACGCUGCUGCUUUCGCCUCCGACUGCGACUUGCCCUCCACUCACGAGAUGGUGCGCAGCGUCGGCAUGCAGACAACCUACAUGGGCUACCUGGACUACAGAAAACAAGAAGUGAGGAACCUCGGGAUCAAUCCCAACGAUUGCUCCUUCAACCCUGGUGUGUUUGUGGCGGAUAUCCGUGAAUGGAAAAAGCAGAAGAUCACCAAGCAGCUCCAGAAGUACAUGAAGGACAAUAUCAAGCUAAACAUCUACAGCAGUGCUAUGGCAGGAGGUGUGGCCACUCCGCCUAUGCUCAUUGUUUUUCACGACAAAUACACCGUGCUGGAUCCGAUCUGGCACGUCAGACAUCUCGGUUGGAGUCCAGAUUCUGGCUAUCCCGAGAGCUUCGUGCAGAAUGCACAACUGCUGCACUGGAACGGCCCAUUCAAACCAUGGGGGUACCCUGCUGUUCACACGGAACGCUGGGAGAAGUGGUUCAUUCCAGAUCCGUCUGGGAAGUUCUCCUUGAUGAGGCCGUAGAGCAAUAAUUAAUGCGGACUGUGGAACAUACCAUAUCUGAGUCACGGGGGGGG